AUGUUUCCGGAUCUCACCGCUCAUUUACAAGAAUAUCAACGCAAGAAACAGGACAUUUCAGACCCAGAGUUUCAAGAAUACAUAUCAACAAAACGGAUGAAGCAAGCGAUGAGGCGGGACGAAAUAUUCCACAUUCAGCUUGAUCAGCCCUUGCAACCAACCAGGCUAGAGGAAAUGAUCCCUCCACGUGAAAUAACUUAUCAGUUGGUCAAUCUGUACAUCUCGACAUUCGAGUGCACAUUCCGUGUACUACAUGUUCCUCAUUUUCUGGCCGAACUUGACGAAUAUUGGAAUUGUGGUGGGAAACACUCGGGUGAUGCAUUUUCUGGGGAAGUCUUUGCCGCAAAACUUCUGGUACUGAUGUCAUGCGCAAGCUGCUUCUAUGGAGAGGCAGUUACUUCUGCGGACAUGGACCACCGAUCGUUGAACCAAAAGGCCAAAAGCUGGAUCCAAGCUGUCGUACUAUGGAUCAAAUCUAUGACCAGCUACAAUCGACUCCGGCUGGACACCAUCCAAAUCAAAUGCUUGCUGCUAAUUGCUCGACAAGCCAUUGCCUAUGAAGGAGAUCUUGCUUGGCUAUCAGCAGGGUCCUUGCUGCGAGAUGCCAUCACGAUGGGUCUUCAUCGAGACCCUUCGAACUUCACCAGAGUUUCUCAUUACUGGGCCGAGAUUCGCAGAAGACUCUGGUUGACUAUAGUUGAACUUGAUCUUCAAGCAGCCAUAUCCAGCGGAACACCAGUGGCGAUUUCGGAAGAUGAAUUUGAUUGCACCCCGCCAUCCAAUGUGGAUGAUGAGGAUGUAAUGACAGAUUUAUCUUCUACGCCUCCCUCGAAGCCACUCACUGUUUCUACAAGGACAUCUUUUCAGGUGCUUCUCGCCAAAAGUCUAUCUGCUCGGAUCAAAAUUGCAAAGGUCAUCAAUCGUGUGCGAUUGACUUCGGAUUACAAGGAGAUACUCAAUCUCAGUGAUGCUCUUACCGCAACUCUCGCAGAGACUCUGCCAGCACUUCAAGGCAACUACUCUGAGCAACACGACACCCAAAACAGUGGUUGUGAUUCGACCUUUCAACAAUCGCUUUUCACUUUUCUUAUAUACCGUUCUCUGCUCGCACUUCACCGGCCAUUCUUUCUCGAUCUUGGAGAAAGCCGCAAUGAAUCAUCCUUGUAUUCAAGAAAAAUAUGUGUUGAAGCGAGCAUGGCUAUGCUAGCUCCGUUGGAUUCCUUUCUCGAGUAUCGGCAAGCUGGAACUGUUCAUGAGAAACACCACGCUCAUUUUUCUCUGCCAUUCCUGAAGGGUGGUAUGUUUCGGGAUGACAUAUUCCAUGCCGCUGUGACUAUUUGUUUUGAGCUUCGUUUACAGGCCCAAGACAGGUCGCUACGUCCACUUUCGGGCAAUGCUCUAGGAUUUAUGGAACAGACCACACUCUACCAACGCCUCGCGCUGAUCCGAAGCAUUGAAAGCACUGUCAAGUACUUUGAGUUGAAAGUCCGGACGGAAAAGCAGGGCUGUAAGGCAUUUAUGUACCUUCAUUUGAAGAAGCUUGUCCUCUUGCAUCUCGGCGCUGUCGAGAGCUAUUAUUGGCAGAUGGUUCCGAUCUCUGCCCUCAAAUCCGAGAAGAAGAAAGACGUCUCGAUGGUUCAUCUAUUUCAAGUGUAUGCUUUCCAACUCGAGAGCUCCCGAUCCUUGAAAACAUAA